AUGACGGAAUUUUUCAAUUUACAUGAGGAACUCUUGAAGUUGCAAGAUGCAAAUUAUUUUUUUCCGAACGAAAUAUCUGUAAGAGAAUUGGAAGCGCUGGAGCUUGAUAAAAUGCUGAAUGAUACUACUGACAGGAUAAGCGAGAAUUCUUUAUCAAUAAUAAUAAAUGCCGAACUUUUCGAUAUUCUUCGUAGUUUCGUAAAAAACUUUAAUGAUUUAAAAUCAACUACGAUGAAUCGCGUCCUUGAUAUCAUUCUAUCUGGUUUUAAAGCUGAGUAUGAAGCCACGUCAAAUGACUUGAACGAAGAUGAAGAAGAAACUUUUAGUGAACAUAGAAUUGCGUUGGAAAUGUACGGAUUUUUAUUGUUAUGGCUGAUUUCCAACGCAGAAAACAAAGCUGACUCCAAGAGUGGUGCAAAUGGAACUGUAGUAGCGACUGGCGGAAGGACCAGGCGCCAGAGACAAACAAAAUCGAAAUCUUCUUCAUCUUCGACGGAUAAUUCGUCAGAUGAAUGGGAUUGGUCAGCUCAGAAACUAAUUGCAUUGAAUUUGAUGGUAAAGAUACUAGGACUUAGACUUAAGAAAAUUUGGACUUCAACACACGAAAAGGAUACUUUCGUUAGCUUAUUUACCAAAUCUGCAUAUCGGAUAUUAGAAAAUGUAAAUAAUAUAAAAGAUCCUGCAAUAAAGAGAGUCGUAUAUCAAAUUCUUUCGACUUGCGUAAAAGACCAUAAUCAUGCAUUUGGCGCCCAAACUUCCAUAAUUCAAAAUUUACAAUAUUAUGAGCACCUUUCAGAACCAAUGGCUGAAUUCCUUGACGUUCUCGCAAAGCAGUGCGAUCACACGCAAAUUGCAGAAGAAAUUUUGAUGUUUCUUGUUAAAUUAUCAGAGUUGGUUCCAAAAGUAGUUAUGAAGCAGAUUGGACUAUUGGUUAAACAUUUAGACAGCGAAUGUCCUCCAAUGCGAAUGGGAUUGAUAGAAGUUCUCAGCAAUCUUAUAAUCGAUCUUGCAAACCAAGAAGAUCAAGCAUCGAAUUACGUUUCACAAAUAAAUGGAUUUUUCGAUGCUUUGGAAGAGCGGUUCCUUGAUGUGAAUACCUUUUGUCGUUCAAAAUUAUUACAAGUUUAUCUGAAGAUAGUAGAUUUGAAAGCAAAGUUUCCAAAGCGUAGACAAAAGCUCACCGAUCUAGUUAUUCGAGCAUUGAAGGACAAGGGCUGCAAUGUCCGGAAAAAUGCCAUCAAACUAUUAACUAGGUUGAUUGCUACGCACCCAUAUGGCGUAAUUCAUGGGGGUGAACUUUCAGUCAGAGAAUGGGAAGAUCGGUUAGAAAAAGUAGAAAAUGAAUUAAGGGCUAUUCAACCUCCACAAGAGUUUACUGAAGUUGGGGCAGAAACUUCGACACCAUUACUAAGUGAUGACGAUAGCCAAAGUGAAGAUAUGGAUGUUGACAUGCCUGAUGUAUUAAUCAAUCAAAAUACAUCGGCCACGUCGGCUACAUCGGCUGAUGAAAUAAUGAGGCUUCAACUCACAAGACGGUACUAUGCAGAUGCUGUUCGUUUCAUACAUCAAGUACAUACUGCUAUUCCAACUCUUUGUCAACUUCUUGGAUCCACAACAAAAUCAGAAGUACUUGAGGCAAUGGAAUUUUUUGUCACCGCAUAUACUUACAAGAUGGAAUUUGCAAUAGAAGGGAUUAAAAGAAUGCUACAUUUAAUUUGGAUAAAAGACAAUAAUGAUGAGGGAAAGGGUAUUCGGAACCGUCUAAUCGAUAGCUAUUAUAAAUUAUAUAUUGAAACGGACGUUUCGCUUUCCGAUAAAGAGGCAGUUAAUUUAGUGACUAGGAAUUUAAUAAGCUUGACUUAUAAUGCUACACUUGCUGAAUUAACCUCGCUUGAACAACUUAUGAGCACAAUGAUGGCUGAAGAAUUAAUAAGCGAUAAUGUUAUAGCGAAAUUGUGGUCGGUCUAUUCUGUUUCGACGAAGCAAAUUCCAAAAGUGCAGCGUCGCGGUGCCAUUAUUAUACUCGGCAUGUUUGCAAAAGCGAAAAUGGAAAUAGUUCAAGAAAAAACAGAUCUAUUGUUAAAAAUUGGUCUUGGUCCUUUUGGUAAAGCAGACUUAUCUUUAGCAAAAUAUACUUGCAUCGCUUUACAACGAUUGGGUGGUAACAAGGCUAGAGUAAAAGGCUCACUGAAUAAUGAUUCUAUUCGAUUUCCGAUGUCACAUCCGAUUUUUCAUAGAUUAAAACAAAUGAUCGAAUUUCAGACAUCUUCACAGGAAUGGUUUGCUGUUGCUGAACAAGCAAUUAAUACUAUAUACUUGCUUGGAGAGCACCCAGACAUUUUAUGCGCAGAAAUUAUUAAACAUAAAACUGCAUUUGUUUUCGAUUUGAAAGUUCCCAAAGCUGAUGAUAUGGAUAUUGACGGAGAUAACUUUUUGCCAGAUCAAGAACAGUUUAUGACACAUCCCCUUCAAUUAAGUCAGUUGAUAUUCAUAGUUGGCCAUGUUGCCAUCAAACAUAUUGUUCAUUUAGAAUUUAUUGAGGAUGAAUGGAAACGACGGAAAGCUGAGGCUGAAUCAAAAGAUACUGAAAAGGCAGCAAAAAAUCCCGGAGAUGAUGAAUUGGAACAAGUAGCUGGCACAACAGAAGAUGAAUUCGGGGAAGCAAUUGCUCAUAUUCGCGAAAAAGAAUUGUUGUUUGGUGAAAAUUCAUUGUUAGUGAAUCAUACUUUACAAAUAUGUGCUACUUUAGCACUAGCAAAAUUAAUGUGCGUCAGCUCAGAAUUCUGCGAGAAUAAUUUGCAGUUAUUAUUUACUAUACUUGAGCGAUCGAGCGAGCCCACAAUUCGCAGUAACAUAAUCAUUGCACUAGGAGAUAUGACUGUUUGUUUCAACAACAUAAUUGAUGAAAACAUCAAUUAUUUAUACAAACGUCUUUCUGAUCCAGAUAAUUUAGUUAAAAAAAAUACAUUAAUGGUUUUAACCCAUUUGAUCCUUAACGGAAUGAUUAAGGUCAAAGGUCAAUUGGGAGAGAUGGCCAAAUGUCUAGAAGAUGAGGAUCAAAGAAUAAGUGAUCUUGCUAGGUUAUUUUUCACUGAGUUGGCAUCCAAAGAUAAUGCAGUAUACAAUAAUUUGCCAGACAUUAUUAGCAAUCUCUCAAGCGGGGAUAAUCCUGUAAAUGAAGAAUCUUUCAAGAAAAUUAUGAAGUUUUUGUUUGAAUUUAUUGAAAAGGAUAAGCAUACUGAGAAUGUUGUAGAAAAAUUAUGCCAAAGAUUCAAAAACCUUGAUGAUCGACGUCAAUGGCGCAACAUUGCAUAUUGUUUAUCAUUGCUUCCUUAUAAGAGUGAAAGGAUUGUAAAGAGACUACUUGAAGGAAUGUCACAUUACCAAGAUAAAUUGCAUGAGAAUGAUGUUCAUAAAGCUUUUAUGGAUAUUAUCUCCAGAGUGAAGUUAAUAAAGCCGCAAAAGCCUGAGAUGAAACAACUGGUUGAUGAACUUGAGUCAAAAAUUGAAGAAUUUAGACAGAGAAGUCAAGAAUAA